AUGAGCCAACUAGUGGACUACAACGACUCCGACGAGGAUACCAUACCGGCGGGUACCCCCUCCGACAACGCCAUCCCACGCCACAUCCAACAGCACUCUGAGAUUGACCAAUUGUCUCAGGAUCUAGAAAAAACCCGUCAAACCUCGGCGCACUUGGACAAGAUGCUGAACAAGUUCAAAGAAGUUGAAAAAUCAGAGCUUUCUCGGCUGAAGGGAGAGGGUAUUGACGUGCCGACGGUGCGUCUCGUUUGGCUUGAUCUGAACUACAAGAUCUGCCAAAUGGAAGAAGAUCUCUUGGCUCUUCGAGAGACAUCAAGGGAAAUCAACAGCGAGGCGGCGGCGCAGGAACAUAUCAAACUGAAAAGGUGCCGAGACUCUCUGGGUCAGACAAUGUUCCAAAAGAGGUCCCAUAUUAUCGAGAAUCUCGACGUGGCGAUCCUCUGGGGACCUUAUGCCAGGACCAUAGCCCAGGGUAUGGAGACCUACUACGGCAGGUUCGAUAAAUACCAGACGAAGCCCCUGAGAACUAGCAAUCGGUUCCGAAACAAGGCGCUGGUGUACUACAGAGGGUAUUCCUAUCAACACCAGGCCGCAGAAAUCUCCAGGACGGACACCGAGAUGGCAGACUUUUUGGCCGAAUCCUACCAACACUACUGGUGUCACGCCACCGGCUCGUGGAUGUUCCAAGAAACACGAGAGGACAAGCGUGAUCCGCCCGCGUAUCAGUGCCAUGCCGCUGCGAACAUUGUGCCGCAUUUCUCAAACGUACCUCAUGAGAUCUUAGAGGAUCUUUUCGGUGAGAGAGAGCGGGAAUUGAGCGGGCCGGCGAAUUCACUUUUACUUUCGAUGCAGAUCCAGUAUUGGUUCAACCAUUAUAAGCUAGUCAUUGUCCCCGUUGAUCCGGAAGAAAAGCCACUCAAACGAUGGAAGAUCGACAUCCUCGACAAGGACAUAGAAGAUAUUGACCUCCACGCCGUGAGGUUCACACCUGGCGGCAAAACACCUCGCUUUGCCAAAAGCCUUCAGGACAGAGAAUUGGUAUUCCUCAACGACAAACGGCCGGCUGCGCGAUUUCUGUAUUUCCAUUUCAUUAUGGCACUUAUCCGCUUGAAGGAUACCAAGUCGGAGAGCUGGAAAGACGCCCGAGCAAAGUACUUGUCUCGUGACCCGUCCCCAUCACUUCUUCACUUCCUACCUCUUUAA